CUGUCCCUCGACGCCUUGAUCGACUAUAAAGCUUGGUCCUACCCUUCCGAGUUCCGCCUCAAUUCCAGCGACCGGUGUCGGAUCUUUAGUCGCGCCUUGGAAAUCGAAACUUUCUUGAGGCAUGGCAUUCAUCGCGAUCCAAAGAGUGGCGCUGACCGUCGUCCUCCUCGCGGCGACGAUGGCGCCGGCGCUCGUCCCUUGCUACGCCGAGUUGCAGCGGUUCGAGCGCUCUCCAAAGGCCGACGGGUCGCUCAGUCUAUUGGUCGUCGGAGAUUGGGGAAGGAAUGGGAUGUUCAAUCAAUCGGAAGUGGCGACUCAGAUGGGGAGGAUCGGAGAGCAGCUGGAUAUCGAUUUUGUGAUAUCCACCGGAGAUAACUUCUACGAGGACGGCCUCACCGGCGUCGACGACAAGCAAUUCGAGGAGUCAUUCACCAACGUUUACACCGCAAACAGUCUGCAAAAGCAGUGGUACAGUGUUCUGGGUAACCAUGACUACAGAGGCAAUGUGUUAGCACAACUGAGUCAUGUUCUUCGUAGCAUAGACAGCAGAUGGCUCUGCUUGAGAAGCUUCGUUCUGAAUGCAGAGAUCGUGGACUUCUUCUUCGUGGACACAACUCCAUUUCAGAAAUCUUACUGGGCCAACUCAACGAAACAUCACUAUGACUGGAGAGGAGUUGCACCUCGCGACACUUACAUUUCGACUCUACUGAAGGACUUGGAUGCAGCACUGCAAGAAUCCACAGCACCAUGGAAGAUUGUUAUUGGGCACCACACGAUGAGGAGUGUCAGUGAACACGGAGACACACCCGAACUUAUAGCUCUACUACUCCCUGUUCUUAAGUCCAAUGGUGUGGAUUGGUACGUCAAUGGCCAUGACCAUUGCCUGGAGCAUAUCAGCAGCAAGGACAGUCCAAUUCAGUAUCUCACUAGUGGAGGUGGCUCCAAGGCAUGGAGGGGCGUUUUCACUCCAAACGCAGACAAGCUUCGAUUCUUCUACGAUGGGCAAGGCUUCAUGGCCGUGCAGCUCACCAGGUCAACUGCCGAUUUAUCAUUCUACGAUGUGUUUGGCCGAGUUCUUUACAAGUGGAGUGCGCCCAAGUUUCUCCACCGGGCAGUGUAGGGCAUGCAGGUAAGCCAUGGGUGGAUCGUUUGUGAAUAUACGUCAGUGUGCAAGAUUGCACUCCACUGGCGAUUACGUGAUAAUCUAGAAUGAUGUUGUAAAAUUGGAAUUGUGAUUGGACAUGAAUUGUGGGGCGUAUUCUGUCCUAUCAAACAGAUAAUGAUGACUACAAAACUUUGCGUGAUU